AUGAUAGCUGUAUCCCAACCCACAUCACUGCAUUUUGACAAUCCACCUGCACUAGCGAGCUUAAAUGAGAUUGCUCUAGACGAGGCCCUCGACGCAUUAGACCCCUUGCGGCAUCUUAGGACUGGUACCAGCGACUUCAAUCGAAAUGAUGAAGAUACUGCUGUCGUGCCUUCGCAGCCACGGUCUAUCCUCGGCGAGACGAUCCGAUUGUCGUUUCCUGUGGACUCCCCGCUUGUGUCAAUAUCACUCAAAGUUGAUGCAUCUCAUGGCUGCGGUGGCAUUGCUUGGCCGGCUGGUGAGGUCCUGUCAAAUUACAUCGCAUUUCGAGGCAUCGGAUAUCUUAAAGACAAGAACAUCGUCGAACUCGGGAGUGGGACAGGACUGGUCGGUCUUGUAGCAGGCGCACUCGGUGGUACAGCCUGGAUCACUGAUCAAGCCCCAUUGCUGGAUAUCAUGCGCCAAAAUGUGGCGUUGAACAACCUGCAGUCCUGUGUCUCGGUAUGCGAACUCAAUUGGGGGGAGACACUGCCCUCGGAGAUACCUCAUCCUGAACUGAUACUGGCAGCAGAUUGUGUUUACUUUGAGCCCGCUUUCCCUCUUUUGGUCCAGACCUUAUCAGAUAUGGCGGUCAGUGGCAGUACAGAAAUCUUGCUCUGUUACAAAAAAAGACGUAAGGCGGACAAACGGUUCUUUACAAUGUUAAAGAAAAAAUUCACCUGGGAAGAGGUGGAGGACGACCCAAAUCGCGAAAUCUACGGCCGCGAAGCCAUCUCGCUCCUAAGUUUAAGAAAGCGGUCAUGA